AGUAAGGGUACUAGGAGUCAGGCGCAGAAGACACGCAAAUAAUACAUUUUGUGAUACAUACCAACCUUUAGGAUACAUACCAACCUUUAGAAGAAGAUAUGGCAGAUGAAAUGUCGACUGAUGAUGUACUCUAUGUGGUAUCUUCCACUAUUAUUUGCAGCCUUCCGCUACUUGAUAUAGAUGGAAAAGAUGAAACUUCUUCGUCAUCUAAUAGCAGUGUUGAGGAUUCCAGUGACGAAGAAAACGACAUGCGUACCCUAUAUACCAUAUUGAUGGUGAAUGAGACGAGGGGUGCAAAUCAUCCAAUAGAAAAGUUGACCGAUUAUGUAGAACGCGUUGUUCCAGGAUACUCUAAAAUAAUUUUUAAAGAACAUUUUAGAGUUUUUCCCGAAACUUUUCAAAUGACUUUGAGGCUUCUAUUGCCAGCUUUAAUUGCUGCAAAUGCUUGUGGAAGAAAACAAAUAUCUCCAGAGAAACAACUUAUGAUAACGUUAUGGUUCAUGGCUACACCAGAUUCAUAUCGA